GAAUAUAUAACUGUGAAGAUGACUGUCUAUGAGUCUUUCGUGUUUCAUCUCUUCCAUCCCAGCUUUCAAUACUCCUCUGGUGGUUUGUCGAUUUGCAUAUUGUAUACUUUCGAUCCUUUAGUCCUGCAUUCUCGACCCAUAGCCUCGUUGUUUGUAUAGUCAGCCGCGACCUCACUAUGCUGCUCUUUGUACUCACACUCCUCUUGUCUGCGAAUCUUGUAUCCGCCCACUUCGAGCUCCAGUACCCAGUUUGGCGAGGUGACUCCUUCCUCCCACCUGCGUCACAGUAUACAUUCCCAUGCGCCAACGUCCCAACCUCCGCCACAUCUAACGCCAACCGCACCCUGUGGCCCCUCGACGGCGGGUCUUUACUGAUCGACUUUCACCACCCGUGGACAUACGUCUCCUUCAACCUCGGUUUCGGCGGCACCACAUCGACAUUCAACAUUUCCUUGAACCCCAUGAUGCUCAACGAGACGGGUAAUGGGACGAUUUGUAUACCGAAAUGGACACUUCCAGCCGAUCUUGGGGUGGUGGAAGGCCAGGACGCGAGUUUGCAGGUCAUUACAGUUGGGGACUCGGGCACAGCAUUGUAUAAUUGCGCCGACAUUCGAUUCAGCGCCAACGCGACGUUACUGUCCAACGAUGCGUGCCAGAAUUCCAGUGGUGUCGAUAUUUACCCUCUCGUCCAGCAGUCCGCCAAUGGAUCGGUGAGUGGAGCGACGACUGUCACUGUGACUGCGAGUGGUGCUGCAGCUACAGCUACCUCAAGCAGUGGUGCGUUGAGAUGUGUAGUUGGAAUUGGGGCCGAUGGUGUGGCUGACGGUGCUUGGAUCGUUGUGGGAAUGCUGUCGCUGGCAUUUGCCGGGUGGCUCUGAGGUGAACCAAAGCAAGUUGUGACAGUUUAGUUUCAAUGGUGGCCAAAGCUAGUAGGCUGGCAGGCUGUGUUGUGAUGGUCAAUGGCCAGGCACGCCAAAGGUAGCACCGGUUCGUAGAUACAGUGACCGAGACGUGAGGCUGAAAGAAAAUAGGGGGGUUCAGCCUUGGCAGAUUAGCGAGAUCGGCUUCUCAGCCGCAGUAGGAUUAUAAGCAAGCUUGCAACAACGUAACUUCGCACUUUCAA